CCGUCGAGCAACAAGCUCGCGCAUGCUCUCUCGUGUUCUCUUUCUCCUUUCUUCUCACUUUAAACAACGGUACUGUGUGUGGAACGCGGAGCAAUUGAUCGUUUUCGCCAGCUUCGAUUAUUUUAUGGCUUAACGAUCACUGAAUGUAUUUUUUUUGUUAAGUGCUAAAGUGAAAUGGAAUUUGAUGAUUAUUAAUUGCACGCAGCACGCUGCCGGUGACAACAGCUAAAUAAGCGGGCAGAUUUCAUUCAACCUGAGAUGAAACAGCAAUAACAAUAGCCACAACAACAACGCAGUGGAGCAGCAGGAGAAAAUAGCCUAUAAAUAGACAAUAAUAAAAAUAGCGCAAACAAAGGCCACAGACGUCGCUUCAAUUAGCCUGCAGCUUGUGAGGUCACCGUCGCAGUAACCCAAUCAUCUCAGCCAAUCAGCAGUAAUGAUCGAUACCAGCACUCAGCAGCCAGGGGCCGGAGACAUCAAUGGCCGCCACUCGGCUUCGCCUGCCCGUACCAUUGACUCGCAUGAUUCCACCACGGGCAGCAUGGACACCAUUGUGGAUCGCAGCUUGAAUCGUGAGGAACUCCAUCUGGUGGUGACCACAAUCGAGCAGAGCACGAAUGCCACAAACACGACAGGAGCGGGUAGUCUGACCAACUCGCAAAUUGGCAUGUUACACAGGGAUGAGGAGCGAAAACAACAGGAGCACCAGGAACAGGUCCGCCAGGAUGCCCAGAGUCACAUAUAUUCGAGUCCAGUUUACGACGAGAAGCCGCCGGCGCUAAAACUACUGAAUGAGGCCAUGAACCUAGAUACGGAAAGGACAAAGGCUAAAAUUGAUGAGGAUAAUAAGCCCAAGUUAAUUUCGCACCAGGAAUUUAAGCAACAACUGGAGGAGGCGAUGGCUUCCCGGCAUCCUAAUCAGGUAAAUGCCACCAAGAGUGCGCCUAACACUUUGGACUCAAGGAUUAGCCGUAAACAGCGUUGUCCACCAGAAUACAUCAAGUACAAGGAAGGUAGUGAGGGCGAAGGCAGUGCCUCCCCGUCGCUUUCCUCAAAGGAUCGACGCAAGCGGAAGGCGAGUAAUGAAUGCUGUUCGGCAUUUCCUCUGCAAAUAGUGCUGGGCACUCUUCAAUUACUCCUGGCCAUUUCCCUGGUAGCUCUGGGAUCCCUCCUUAUCGUUCGAGAGGCAGCACUAUCUAUGGCGGGAUGCGGAAUCUGGCCGGGCCUAAUAGGCGCCGUCACUGGUUCUCUAGGAGUAGUGAGCAUGCGCAAAACCCAAACGGCCUUCUUGGCUCUCAGUUUGGUUUGCAUCGCCAGCAGCACCUUAGCUCUGGCCAUUUCGGGCGUGGGAUUGUCCAGAGAUCUGAACAGGAUGGCGGAACAGAAGGGCGUGCAGUAUGACCUGAUCAAUGCUAAUAGUGAGGUUUCCGCUGCGUACGGGCUAAUCUUUGCGCUUUUUCUUCAAUUUGUGGUCAGCAUUGUCUCCGUCUAUAGAUGUGCGCUUCAAAUUUGCACCAAAUCGGAGCACAAUGAACUGCGUGACGUCAUUAUCAAAUCGACUGCUUCGGGAAUUGCUCUGGACCAACAGAAGGUGGAUCAGUAUAUUAAGGCGAUGUCAUUAAAUGGCAGUGAAAAGGUGAGUAACGAGAAGCUGGCCGCUAUGUGGAUUUAUGCCGCUCAAAUGGGAAACCUACCGCCGCCCUCCGUUCGUAAACUGACCCCCCCUUCGCGACAGGUAAUGCUGAUUCCCUCGGCCGCUGGCAAUGGGAUGGCUCCACCGCCCCCUACACGCAUGCCUCCCCCGCCACCGGGCACCGGAGCCCCACUUUUGCUUCCGGUUCCGCCGCUGCCGCCACAAUACCGUGGGAUGACCCUUCCUUACAUUCGACCAGGAUCCGUGUUGUAUGCCCAUCCGGGCAGCUUAAGCGAUACAUAUCGGACCCACAAAAGCACGAAGUCGGCCGAGAUCCAUGGUCAGCGAAGGCGCCGACGGGCGAGUAAGCUAGAUGCCAACCGCCGCCAGCGCCGCAAAUCGGAGGCGGAUGUCUUGGACGGAGCACCUAACUUUCAGUAUACAGGACUGGAUCGAGCAAUAGCUGACAGCUUUUUGGCCAGGCAGGAACAAUCACAAGCGGGUAGUCACAUUGACUAUUCAUCGUCUGCAUCCUCAGACCUGUACGGCGGUCAGAGAGCCUCUUCCACAACUAAGAUCGUUUGUCGGGAUGUGGUAAUGUGAAGGGGAAUGACCAAAUUUCAAUUUUCACCUGUCUUUUGUACAUAUUUUUUCCAAGGAGCGACGUCGAAGGCUUAUCUUGGUAUACCGUUACCAGAAAAUUAGACUUUAUAGUAGUCCUACCCAUAACUUCAUAUGUAUGCGUAUUAUUUUAAGGCACUUAUUAAUAUGAAUCGAAUAAACUUUUGUUAAACAAACUAAAUUUAA